CUUAUUCAGGCCUUAAAAAUGGCUGAAAACAUUCAUUUUAAUAUCUUAUCUUCAUUAUCCUACGAUGAAAUAACAGAGGGGCUUAGGUACGGGUUUUCGGCCUGCAAAGGCUUGGGUGCAUGCAGCCUGGAGUCUCAGCUAAGUGACUGGUUCUAUCUCGCCAUCUCAUCCGCCAGAGUAGAUACCGUAAACCUACGGGAUUAAAGAGGCUUCUGCAACAGGUGCCAAAGGGUAGAGAAAUCAGGGGUGGAGAGUAUCGUUUUGGGAACAGUCAAGGUCAGAGCUCCCAGGGUGCACUGAGCUAGGACCGGAGAAGAGUCGCAGUGCGUGUCUGUGCAUGCCGCCCGAGGCUUUAGGACGCACUUGUAUGCGAAUAGAAACAUGUGGUACUGAGCCGCGAACUACGGCGCUCAAGACAAAGGAGGGUACCCCAGAUUACCCCAAAUGAGCGCCAUACCUACUAGUUACUAAUUACUAGAUCACCGAGCCA